UAGCAAACAUUGAACAAAAGACAACCCGGCCGGAAGAAGUGGAAGCAAAUGCCCAUUUGCUAUAACAACGUGAAACUUUGAAAACCAAACGCCCGUGCCACCAAACAUGACUGUGUCUUUGCCCUCUUACUGCCAUUCGCGUAAUGCGUAUGCAAAUCUGCUGCAGCUCCCAAAUGCAAGUUCGUCUGAUCUCAAAGCUACGUAUACUCAACCUUACAGUGGUAAAACAAAGUCAAAUCAUCACUCAACCAUCCGAUUCUCCACCAAUUACAGAGGGAGAAUAUGCGCUCUUGCGUCUGACGCCGGAGAUGAUGCCGUCAGUUCGCCAGCGAAGUCCCUCCGACGACUUCUGGCCUCUCCGGGAAUUCACCUGGGACCAGCUUGUUUCGACGCCCUAAGCGCGAAGCUUGUGGAGAGAGCUGGUUUUGAUUUCUGCUUCACUACUGGAUUUGGAAUAUCGGCUGCCCGGUUGGGAUUGCCAGACACUGGGCUUAUCUCUUAUGGAGAGAUGGUGAAUCAAGGACAACAAAUAACUGGUGCUGUAUCCAUUCCUAUCAUUGGUGAUGGAGACAAUGGAUAUGGUAAUCCUAUGAAUGUGAAGAGAACUGUCAAAGGAUAUAUCAGGGCUGGCUUUGCUGGAAUAAUUCUUGAAGAUCAGGUUUCUCCCAAAGCUUGUGGGCAUACACCAGGGCGGAAAGUUGUGUCUAGAGAAGAAGCAAUAAUGAAAAUAAAAGCAGCUGUUGAUGCUCGUAAAGAAAGUGGUUCAGACAUAGUGAUAGUGGCACGAACUGAUUCCCGUCAAGCUGUGUCCUUAGAAGAGUCGCUUUGGAGGACACGUGCUCUUGCUGAUGCUGGAGCUGAUGUUUUAUUUAUUGAUGCUCUUGCUUCAAAAGAAGAGAUGAAAGCCUUCUGUGAAGUGUCUCCCUUGGUUCCAAAAAUGGCCAGUAUGCUUGAAGGGGGCGGAAAGACCCCAAUACUAAGUCCUCUUGAGCUGGCUGAUGUUGGAUACAAAGUUGUGGCAUAUCCUUUGUCCUUGAUUGGCGUUUCCAUCCGUGCAAUGCAGGAUGCUUUGUUGGCUAUUAAAGGAGGUCGCAUACCCUCUCCUGGAAGCAUGCCUUCUUUUGAAGAAAUUAAGGAAAUCUUGGGUUUUAAUGUCUAUUAUGAAGAAGAGAUGCGGUAUAGUACCAAGAUCAGCCAAUCUCGUUUAGAAAGAGGUUAUUCCUCCACAAGCAACUCUCCAAAUAGCAUAACAAACAGUACUCAAAAGGAUCUGGGAAUGAGAAAUCAGAGUGCACAAGAUCCGGUGGUGGAAGUAGUGACCCCUGAGAUAUAUCGUAACUAUUCUACAGAUGGUUCAAGAGGUCCUUACUCGGGCAUUUGGUCACGAAAACUAAGAGUCAGAAUAACUGGAAGAGAUGGAUUUGAAAGACUUGAUGUCCGCUUACCUGCUGGUUUUCUUGAAGGAAUAACAAAUAUAGUUCCAGCAUUGGGGGGCAUAAACAUCAAAGAGUUGUUGGACGAUGCGGCCCUAGAAGAGGGAGGCAAGCAGUUACUUGAUUUUAACGAUACCAUGGGUGACAGGAUUCAAGUGUUUCUAGAGUAGUGGUAAAAAAACAGAGGAUGAGUUGAUGAUGUUGGUUGGGCAGAGGGGUGAAGCUGUAUUGUAGGACAAAGCUGAUACCUUGGGAGAGGCAAGGGAACAUCAGCUGGAGUGCAAGAAUUAGAAUACAAGUAUCUGAUGCCCUGGAAUAACGCAAGUGUCGCAACCUUAUCCUGGAAGUAAGUAGCAUAUGUUAUGGAGUGGGAGGGACUUUACAUGCAUGUUUUAUGUUUCUACAAGGUCACAGGAUUGAAUGAUCUUAAAAUUCUGAGGAAUGCAGAUCCUGACAGCUAUGCCCUGUGUCCAAUUCUAUAUUCUAUAAUCUCAGGGAUGCAGUUCUUUUUUACA